CUCGUUUCCUCUAGUGUGUGGUAGCUGACUGGCUGGCUCUAGAGAGAGAAAAGUUUGUUUGUUGCAUCUCUCUUUCUCUCUCCCCUCCUCAGAGGAGAGGACACUUGCUUCCAUGACUAAACUGCCGCGUCUUCUCCGUCGACAAAACCGAAGCUAGAAACUCCAGACUCUCUCUCUCUCUCUCCUCUUCUUCUGCUAUAUAUUUAUAUAUGCAUUUCCCAAUUCAUUCUUACAUCAAACAAGGGACACUUGUUUGAGUCUGGUUGUUAUUCUUCGGAAAUGGCUCCCAUCAAGUUCAAGCAAUCUCCGACCUCAGCGGCUCAAACCCUAGCGGGAUCUCCGGACGCGCGGCUUCUCGUCCGGGAGACAAUUCGCAUAAGCGCCAACCUCGCUUCUGCGCCGGCGUCGUCUGCUUCUGCUUCCUGCUCUCCUUCUACCUCCGGCUCGUCGCCUCCGUCUUUGGUUGCGGCCGAGAGCCGGGACCUGAGGACAGCCGUGAAUUUUGGGUUUGUUGAGGAGGAGUUUAUCGAUUCCAGCUUGAGAGUUAUUUGCCGGGAGGUGGUCGAUGGCCGCCGGUGGAAGUAUGUCGUCGAGAGGGAUGGUCCUGGGAGUUUCAAGAAGGGUUCUAUUCGUACUGUAAGCUUGGAGACUCCCCAGGAUCCCCUCAAUGAAUUGAUGUCAUUUAUAAGAUCCUAUGUGGUGCCUGAAGGUUUCCCCGACAGUGUCACUCCUUCAUAUGUUCCAUAUAUGUCGUGGAGAGCUCUGAAGCACUUCUUUGGAGGAGCAAUGGGUGUUUUCACAACACAGACGCUGUUGAGUUCAGUUGGAGUUUCUAGAAAUCGAGCUACUUCAGGGGCUGUUGCUAUUAACUGGAUUCUGAAGGAUGGAGCAGGUCGAGUUGGAAAAAUGAUUUUUGCACGGCAAGGAAAGAAAUUUGACUAUGAUCUGAAACAGCUUCGAUUUGCUGGUGAUCUUUUAAUGGAGAUAGGUGCUGGAGUAGAGUUGGCAACUGCUGCUGUCCCACACCUCUUCCUACCAUUGGCUUGUGCUGCCAAUGUGGUCAAGAAUGUUGCUGCUGUAACAUCAACAUCAACUCGUACUCCAAUUUAUAAAGCCUUUGCUAGAGGAGAAAACAUUGGGGAUGUUACUGCUAAAGGAGAAUGUGUAGGCAAUAUUGCAGAUCUGCUGGGAACUGGACUAAGUAUCAUGAUCUCGAAAAGAAAUCCAUCUCUGGUGACCACUUUUGCACUCCUCUCAUGUGGAUAUGUUCUCAGCUCUUAUCAAGAGGUAAAGUCUGUCGUGUUACAUACUUUGAAUCGUGCAAGAUUCUCUGUGGCAGUGGACUCAUUCCUUAAGACAGGUCAUGUGCCUUCAUUGCAGCAGGGGAACAUGACAGAGAAUAUCUUCAGUUUCCCAUGGUCGAAAGAUAAGCCUAUAGUUCUAGGUUCGAGGUUUAAGGAUGCAUUCCAAGAGCCAGGUUCAUUUCUUUCCAUAGAGCCUCUCUUUGAGAAGGAGAGAUACAUUGUCACAUAUAAUCCUUCAAAGGGUAAUGUAUAUGCAUUGCUCAAGGACAAAGCAAAAUCUGAUGACAUUCUAAAAGCUGCUUUCCAUGCUCAUGUGCUUUUGCAUUUCAUCCGUUCAUCAAAUGAAAGAAGGUCUUCUUUGAGGAGUCAUGGUGAAUCUGAUAGUUUGGUUUCUAGUUUAUCCUCAUCAACCUGUCAUUCCAUGCCUAAAAAUAUUGAUCUCGAGGCUUAUAUUGCUGAGUCUUGCAAGAUGGUCUCUACUUCAUUUGGCCUCUUCAAAAGGAAAGCUGCAGAACAGGGAUGGACAAUGUCAGAGUCACUUCUCAACCCUGGGCGAGCUCGGCUAUAUUAACUGCAAUAUGCUUGGAUUGUUGAUGUUCAUGCAUGCAUUUGCCAAGUGCUUGGACUGCUUUUGAUACUCGGACGCUUACAUCGAGAAAUGGGGUCAAGUUGGAGUUCACAUAAAAA